CGACAACGGUGAAAGCCGGCGCGUGUGAACAUGACGGUACGGACGUGACGAACUUGUACUGACGACUAACAUGAUACCGUGAUACUGUGAGUGUUGUGGACAUUUAAAGGAUUUGAACACACGUUUGACAGAAAAUGGAUAAACACACAAGAUUACAUCUCCGGUGGUGGCUAGCGACGGUACUGUUAGUAACAAUGUUUGAACACGGCCAGGCACAAUGUCCGUGGCAAGACUCCCUGGCCUUACAAGAAUCAUGCGUAUGCGCAUACAACUUAGCAAGACAAUUAUCCGUUCAGUGCGAUCAGGUUGAUUUCCCCGCACUUAUGUAUGCUUUAAACUCCAAUGCCCGAAAAAUACCAAUGGAUUUACUAUAUAUAAAUAACUCAACAAUAACGGAGCUAACAGACGAUUUAUUUAUCGAUCUUGCCAUUCACAAUUUACAAAUAUCUAGUUGUAAAAUAACGAGAAUACAAGAUGAGACAUUUAGAGGACAGGGACCGUUCCUCAAAAACCUAAAUUUACAGGACAAUGAGCUCACUCAAGUGCCAUCGAAAGCCUUCAAAUUUCUAAAGAACCUUUCCCUUUUGGAUUUGUCGAAGAAUCGGAUCACUUAUAUUGAGAACAAUGCUUUUGCUUCGCUUCAAGAUUUGACAACAUUAAAAAUUUCUGAUAAUAACGUCACACUUGCGCCGCGAGCAUUAGCAGGCUUGGAGAACUCUUUGAAGAAUCUAAACCUCAAAGGUACUCGACAAAAAAUUGUACCGGAGUGUAUACGAGGACUCCGAAAUCUAGCCUUUCUGGAUCUUUCACAGAACAGCUUAAGAGAGUUACCAGGACCAUCUGGGUCACGAUCUUUUGAAGGGUUAGAUUCAUUGACAGCAUUGAACCUGGAACGAAAUUUACUUGUCAACAUAAGAAAGAACGCGUUUGAAGGUGUUAAAAAUACCUUAAGCUCUCUAAGCCUCCUCAAUAACUUAUUGCCUGAGUUUCCUACAGAAGCAAUUGGAAGUUUAACAGACUUAAGAGUUCUUGAUAUAGGUUUCAAUUUACUGAAUAAUCUACCUACUGAUGCAUUUCUCAAGAAUCCUUCAAUAACAUUAUUAGCUCUGGAUGGAAAUCCUCUCCCCACAGUGCCCGAAAAAGCAUUAGCACAUCUUAACCAAACAUUAAGAGGACUCAGCUUAGGAGGAAGGUUUCUGGUUUGUGACUGUCGUUUACGAUGGAUAAUUGAAUGGAUACGUAAUGGUGAACUGCAAGUUACAUCUCGAGAAAGAAACCCACAAUUUUGCGGAAGUCCUCAACAUUUCCGCGAACGCGGAUUUUACAGUUUUGAACCCAAUGAGCUUGUUUGUGAGCAUGAAAUUCCUGUAACUCCAGAAUACCCAACUGAUAUUAAAGAGACAGAUGAAUGGAAAGUUAAUUACACGUCCAGUACCACAACCUUAAGACCAAGUACGACUAGCAGUGAGCCUACCACUUCGUCGACAACUUCAACAGUUGCAUACAGUCCUAAAGAACUAAGUAGUCCAGCUUCCACAACACUUCCUCCAUCUACAACAACAAAAACAACAAUAACGACAACAAUGACAUCCAGUACAAAACCCACAACUCGAAUCCCUGCCGUACGACCGGCUGCGCCUUCCUGGAGACACGCAGCAAACCAACGCGCCCCAGUUGUUAUGAACUUUCCUCAACAAAAACCAAAAGUUGAUGAUUCAAAUGAAGUCAUCGUGAAAAAUGCUUACAGACAAGAGAACUCCGUAAUCAUCCAAUGGGAUUCGGACGUAGCUAACAUUCUAGGUUUCCGGGUUGUCUACAGACUUUUCGGAGAUAAAAGUUUCAAACAAGGGCCACCUCUGGAAGCAAGUGAAAGGGAAUUCAAAAUCAAGAAUGUUCCAUCACAGGAAUGUAUCGUCGUUUGCGUGAUUUCCUUGGAGGAAGUACACGUCAGUCCCGAGACGGUACCAUAUUCGCAAUGUAAAGAAAUCAGAACAGUUUCUGCGGCCGCGACAAAUAUGGACAAAAUAACAAUAGCAGCCAGUGCCGCGAUCUGUGGCACCAUUGUAGUAGCAGUCCUCAUCUUCGCUGCAGCAUCACGGAGGCGAUCUAGAACAGUUCAUCGACUUCAUCCGCAAUCUGAAAAAAUGGCAAAUCCAUGCUGUGGAGGACUAACAGGAACCCCAAGUCCCAACGGGCCACUGUCUUCUAUCACUACGAUCGGCGCAUUCGGAAAGCAGCGUGAGUGGGACCAAGUAUCGGCUUACAGUGCACGAUCUAUCCCGCGUGCACGUUCCUUCACUGAACCGUCUGUCCCUGAUCCUUUACAAGGCCGACCCGGACGAGCUCGUUCUUUGGCGGACGGCCAAUCACAGCAUAGUUAUUCUCAAUCGGGCCGCUUCGGUCCACAUGGAUAUCCGAGCAGCCUGUUAGGAUCUAGAGCUGAUCUCCGACAAUCACGUCAAUCGCUGGGUGCAGCCUCAGAACGAGCAUCACGUUUGUCUCUAAGUGGAGCUGCCGGCGGUGCCACGAGUGGUACGUCUGGCUCUAGAAGAAGACCGAGGUCGCGAUCACGACCGGCCAGCCGAUAUAGUGUGGGGUCUCUUGGACUCGCCUACUGCGACACAUCUGACAACUGGACCGAUCACGACAUGGAUAUUUACAUGGCGCGGAAUCCGACAACGCGCGGUGGACUUGUACCUUUAUAGCGUGGAGGGGUUAAGUGAUAUCCCUCACUUCUUAUAUACAAAUUUAAUUUGUACCAACAUUUAUAGACGAUGCCGUACUCUCAACUGCCUCUUAUCAAGUGAGCCAACCGUCCGAGUGACGCAUCGACCGUAAAUUACAAUACAAAUUAAAUUUGUAGUUUAUUUAUGAUUAAUAUAAUGAACAUAUGCUGUGUUCAUAGGGAAAAUUACUAGAGAUACCUAAUGACCAAAGCAGACUUAAACAGACUAUAAUUGACAAUUUUAUUUUAAAUUAUUAAUAAAUAACUUGACACAAUGUUGGCAUCUCCAAAUGUUAUUGUUAAACUAUAAUGAUAAUAUUUAAGAGUGGUUCUGUGAUGAGUGAUUUUAUGACAGAGAUCUAUAAAGCGUACUUACACUUAGCUCAGACUUUACUGACGUAAAACUUAGCUGAGUUCAACCUUAGCGAAAUAUUUGAUUACGUAUGCUAAUAAAAUAUAGCAUUUGGAGCUAUGAACAUUACUUUAUCAUAUUACACAUAGCCUUAAGUCUUAUUUGUAGGUUGCUAAUGCUUGCUGUUAGUUAAACUUAACACUCCAGAGCUAUUAUGAACUACCAGUUAUGUUUGCAGUUAAACAAGUUUUUUCUCGACAUGAUGCAUUUUUUUAGUACACUGCUCUCAUAAAAGUUGUUCUUAUAGCUUUUACUUUUUUGUGUUGGUACAUUUAUUAAGAUUAGUAAUUAAUAAUGAGGAUUGUAAGCAAUUAAACUGUUUGCGCCUGUUAAAAUGUUAAAUUUUCGACGCAAGAACUUUGAAAAUAUUGGCUUUGUUACAUAGGAGCCGUGAACUCAUAUCGCUCAAGGUCGCCGGCAUUUAGUGUCGCCUUAAUGCAAAAAAAGUUCGCGUUUUGUCAUACUCAGCUAAGUUUUACGUUAGUAAUGUCUGAGCAAGGUGUAAGCACGCUAGAGAGAUCUUAGCAUUAGACAUCUAUGUAAAAAUGCAUAGAUAAAUAGGAAAUGUAAUUCUGACAAAUAAUUAUUAUAUUAAAUAUAGAAUUUGUAAAUGUCUUCUCUAUGAAGUAAAUAGUAGACUUAAAACAAUGAUUUUUAUGAUAAUUAUUAAUAUAAUAAAAUAAUUGUAAAUAUAAUAUAAUAAAAGAAGCCGAUCCAAAUGGUGCUAUAAUGGAGAAUGGUUGCUAAUUGUAAAUAUAGAUAUUUAUUUUAUUUGAUGUUAAUUAAAUUAUAGAUAUUUAUUUAAUAAUAUGAAUAGUUAUAUCGUCUGUUGUCUCAACUGUGUUGAUCUUAUAUCUAUUUAAUAUUA